AUGGAGGAGCUGAGCAGCGUGGGCGAGCAGGUCUUCGCCGCCGAGUGCAUCCUGAGCAAGCGGCUCCGCAAGGGCAAGCUGGAGUAUCUGGUGAAGUGGCGAGGCUGGUCCUCCAAACACAACAGCUGGGAACCUGAAGAGAAUAUUCUUGAUCCAAGGCUGCUCCUUGCCUUCCAAAAGAAGUAUUAUUGUGGGUUGCACAAUGACCUGUUGAAUACGGUGCAGCAGUUAAAAAAGGAACAUGAGAAAGAGGUGCAGAAUCGGAAGAGGGGCAAACGACCCAGAGGCAGGCCCAGGAAACAUGUGGAACCAGAGGUGCCUCCAAAAAUCAAGUCAAGUAGCUCCUCAUCCUCCACCUCUUCAUCUUCCUCCUCCUCUGAUGAAGAGGAUGAGAGUGACCUGGAGGCAAAGAGAGGUCCCCGGAGCAGAGAGACUCACCCAGUGCCACAGAAGAAAGCUCAGAUUCUGGUUGCGAAGCCGGAAAUAAAAGACCCUGUCAGGAAGAAGCGUGGGCGGAAACCUCUGCCUCCGGAGCAGAAGGCAGCCAGAAGGACCAUGAACCUGGCAAAGGUGCUGAAAACAACCCGAAAGGAGACGGGUGGAGGUUCUAAGCUGACGGGGAAAUUGCAGCCCCAGCACAACGCUCAGGGCUCAGGUAUUGCUGUGCUUCAAUCUAAUGUGAAAGAGCCCCAGAGUGCACUGAGUGGGCUUGGGUCAGGGGGCUUAUCCGCCGAGAACCUGCCCAAUAUACUGAAGGGCUCCUCUGGGAGCCCAAACCACGGGAUCAGCUGGCAGAGUUCCAUCGUGCACUACAUGAACAGGAUGUCCCAGAACCAGAGCUCUGCAGAGGCCCCAGCCCCAGGGAGGCUGGCACUCAAGUCACAGGCAUCCACCAAGAGUAGCCUAGGACUGGACUUAAAAAUGAGAAACCAGAAAGGCGCUGGGGAGCCUGGGUUGAAUGUGCAAGGAUCCAAAGCAACCAAGGCACUCGGCAGUGGUGCUGGGGGGGAUCAGAAAUCGGGCUUCCCUGCUGGGGCUCAGACCCUGCCCAAUGGCAGCAAGGCACCUGUGAAUUCGCCUGCCCCAGGAAACCAGCUGACUUCCAAUCAGGAGCUGAACCUUCAAGCUUUAAACUUACAGAGUGUCAAAAAUGGGCCGAGUUCAGCAGGUGGCAGCAGCCUCCCUCGGCAUGUCUGUGGAACUCUGGCCAAAAGUGCCGGCGCCGCAGCUGUGAAUGUGGGGGCAGCCGCUGCCAAGGGCAGUGGGGUGGGCACAGUGCUGAAUGCACAAAACACUGGGCUCCCGCCAGGCGUGGACACCUGCAAAAAUGAGAAACCAAUGCAAAGAGCAGCUGCUGGGGAAAGAGACGUGACAAAAGGCGGUGCCCCAUGUGCGCAAGAGGGGCACCCCACAACAGAGAACCGCAAGCCAGCAGCCCUGUCUGAAAUGAGCACCGGCGAAGAGGAGACCAGCUCCGAUUCGGAUCGGGAUUCUGCCUCGUUUCCUGGUAUGGGCCAGAACAUGUCAGUCUCCAUCCAGACCAGCCAGGACUGGAAACCCACCCGCAGCCUGAUCGAACACGUCUUUGUCACAGACGUGACAGCCAACCUGAUUACAGUGACUGUCAAGGAGUCUCCCACCAGUGUUGGGUUUUUCAAUCUUAGACAUUACUGA